CUUUGCUGCGCAUCUCACUUCCAAACCAACCCCACGCAGAAGCAACAAUGAAAGAUUUAAAACAAAGUCCAUUUAUAUUUCAAACAUCAUAGCAGAAAACACUAUACAGUUUUUGGUUGAUACAGAAUAUGCUCAUAUAACUGCUAUUUGAAUCUUUCAAUAUGCUUUUGGUUUUACAGUUUUUGGUUGAUACAGAAUAUGCUCAUAUAACUGCUAUUUGAAUCUUUCAAUAUGCUUUUGGUUUUACAGUUUUUGGUUGAUACAGAAUAUGCUUUUGGUUUUACAGUUUUUGGUUGGAGAGAAUCUUUCAAUAUGCUUUUGGUGUUAAUCAGCAACAGCAUCUUUUGGCCAAAAGUGAAAUAAUCCUAGAACUUUUUUCUUCAUAUUUGUUGUGGUAUUAGGCACACAUUGGUUGAUAAUUUUUGGUCUAUGGGGUGAAUUUUCCAUACUUUGCGAAUGGUAUUAAUUAUGGCUUUGCAUUAAUUAAACUGUUUCUAUUUGCAUAUAUGAAACUUUUUGUGUUCAAUUUGGGGUUAUUUUACUUUCAGUAGGAUUGGUUAAGUGGAAUAAUUCUUUUCUUUUUGGAUUAAUAGAUAUGGAUCAAAGACGAAUGUUGUUGUUAUUAUUGUUGGAGAUGUGGCAUUUAGAGACCAUGUGUGCUUGCACGAUUCUUGUGCUUAUGAUGCUAAAAAAUAUGAGAAGAAAUCGAAGACUUUUAGAAAGACGUUCCCUCAAUAACCGUUCGUUUGUUAGACAUGAGAAUCGAUUACGUUAUUUGAACAGUAUAUUAGGCAAUGAUAGAGAAUGUGUGAGUGAACUAAGAAUGGAUUUAAAGACAUUUGGUUUAUUAUGUGAUUUGCUUCGCACGGAUGGAAGGUUAAAGAAUGACGGUUUGGUGACUGUGGAGGAGCAAGUAUGUAUGUUCUUGCAUAUGCUUGCUCAUCAUGUUAAGAAUCGUACUAUUAGAAAUAGAUUUGUUCGAUCAGGAGAGACUAUUAGUAGGUACUUCAAUUCCGUGUUACAAGGCAUUUUAAGAUUACAAGGUAGCCUAUUGAGAGUACCGGAACCUGUAGGUGAUAACUGCACAGAUCAUAGAUGGAAAUGGUUUAAGAAUUGCUUGGGAGCACUAGAUGGAACAUACAUUAAAGUGCGAGUAGCUGAAACCGAAAAACCGAGAUAUCGGACUAGAAAGGGAGAAAUUGCAACAAAUGUGUUGGCCGUUUGCUCACGUGAUAUGCAAUUCAUAUUUGUGUUGCCGGGUUGGGAGGGAUCCGCAUCCGACUCUAGAGUCCUUCGAGAUGCCAUAACGAGGCCUAAUGGAUUAAGAGUUCCUACCGGUAAGGCCAUUAGCUAGUGUCCACUUUAUAAAUAAUUGUAAGUUUAUACAAUUACCACACAAUAAUAGGAAUUGACUUCUUUUAUUUUUAAUUUUUGGUUAUUAGGUUAUUAUUACCUUGUAGAUGGUGGGUACACAAAUGGUGAGGGAUUUCUCGCACCAUAUAGAGGAACACGGUAUCAUCUAUCGGAAUGGAGAGAAGGAAAUACACCUGUAAAUCAUCAAGAAUAUUUUAAUAUGAAGCAUGCUAAAGCAAGAAACGUAAUAGAACGUUGCUUUGGGUUGCUAAAAGCUAGAUGGUGCAUACUAAGGAGUCCAUCUUUUUAUCCAAUAAAGACACAAUGUCGAAUAAUUACGGCUUGUUGUCUUUUACAUAAUCUCAUUAGGAGGGAGAUGUCUAGAGAUCCACUAGAGUAUGAAAUAAAUGAAAUUGAAGAGACGGAAAAUGUGAUAGAAGGUGAUAUGGUUGGCACCAUUGGAGCAUCGGAUGAAUGGACUACUUGGAGGAAUGACUUGGCGUUCCAAAUGUAUAAUGAGUGGCAAGGAAAUGCGAAUAACUAGCCAACUCUUGUUAUUUAUGUUUGAGUUCUUAAGGUGUUUUCUUUUUUAUGUGAUUGUAAUUUGUAUUUGAGGCAUGAUAAUUCGGCCUUAACAAUGUAUUGAUUGUGGUAUUAAAGAAAAUUUAUCAAUUGGUUUGCUGAUUUUAUUUUUCAUUUUGUUUUUAAGGUUAUGUGAUGUACUAAAGAAGAAUCGUGCCUUGAAAUAAAGUUAUGUUUUCUUUGCAAAUUCCAAUUAUUGAUUAUGGUAUUAUUUUAUUUGUGUUGAUUAUUCUUAGGGAUGGAAAGUGAAGGUAACAGUCAAAACUUUGAACAAGGAAAGAAAGGAACUAGGCGGUCAUGGUCCAAGUUUGAAGAAGAUUCGUUUUUGACCGUGCUAGAUGAUUUUGUGGCUGCAGGCCAACGCUGUGAGACUGGUAGUUUCAAAUCAGGUACUAUGGUCCAAAUGGAGAAGGCUUUGAAUAUUAAAUGUCCUGAUUCGGGGCUAAAGGCAUGCCCUCAUAUUGAAUCCAAAUUGAAGAAGUGGAAAAAGCAAUAUAGCAUAGUCUAUGACAUGAUAAACACAAGUGGAUUUGCUUGGAAUGAUAUAAAAAAGUGUGUUGAGGUUGACAGUAAUGAUGCAUGGGAAACUUAUGUGCAGCACCACAAGGAAGCAGCCGAAUGGAGGAGCAAACCAUUUCCUUUGUUUGAUAGACUUUCUAAUAUCUUCGGAAAGGAUCGUGCUAACGGACAAAGAGCUGAAGCCCCCGCUGACAUGAUGGAAGAGCAAAGCAAUAAUGAUGUUAAUGCUAGUGAUAAUUGUGUCCAGGAAGAUGCAUCUCCUAUGUCUUUAAACAUAGAAGGAAGCCAAUCUAUGAACAGUCAAAAUAAGAGGAAAAGAGCUACAAGCUCAAGUGAUGAAGAGAAGAUUGUGACUGUAUUGGAGAAAUUGUUUGAAGCUUCUGGGAAAAGGAUGCAAAUGGUGACUGAGGCUAUAAUAAAAGGUAAUGAAGAUCGAUCUGAUAUUGCCAAAGAACUCAAGAGAAUGGGAUUUUCUCCUUUAGAUCAAAUUGCAGCACUAAAACUCAUUUUGGAGAAGCCACAAAACAUAACUAUAUUCAUGUCUUUGGAUGAUGAUAUCAAGAAAGUGUUUGUUGAGCAGUUGCUUAGUGACAAUGCUUGAGGACAUGGCCUAGCUAAGUUUGAUGCAUCUAUCUUUUUGAAAACACCACAAAUGAUGCAUUGAUAAGAUUGGCUUCAUUUUGGAAACACCACAAAUUGUAUAAUAUUUUGCUAGCAUUAAAGCCAUAUGGUUCAUGGUUGUGAGGCUUAUUAGUUUCAUUUUGAAAUUGUGGAUGUUUAUUUGUAUGUAUUAAUGGUAGAAUUGUGUGUAGCGAACUAAACCUCUAAUUUCUGAGUCAUGUAGAUGACUUUGGCAUAUAUGAAAAAUAUCUAACUUUUGC